AUGGCAGACGAACAUGAAGAGCGCAUUCGUUGUAUGAGCGAGAAAAAGAACACAGAGAACGCGUACACUGACCCGCACAUUCUAAAGAAACCAACCAAGAAAGCUGGAGCAUUUCGAUAUUAUUUGAUCGUUCAAUGCGCCAGUUGUGGCAAGAACAAGUCGAAGAGUAUUUCUUCGCAUUUGGCUCAACAGUAUCAAGUUCCCAUCAGAAGUGCAAUGAAGAGUAGUUUCGACUCGAAGACGGAACGGGUUAAGUUCACAGAAGGUACCAAGACCAAAGCUGAUCAUGAGGUUGCUAGUUAUUCAGCGAAACCUAAACGUGACCGUCACAAACAUUUCCAAACGCCAGAAGAGUUUGAAGCUGCACAGGAAGAUGAUGAAGAUGCCGUUUCAAUGCCCAGUGGGAAGAAAUGGAAGAAGCAGCAAGACAAGUUACGUGCGGAUAAAGAGCUGAAGAAACCCAUACGUGAAUUGACACCAGAAGAAGCUGCUGAAAUUUUUGUUCGUGUAAAUGACGCUGAUGAAUUCAUUGAAGAACAUCCAGAAGGGUUGAUCGUUGUUGAUCCUGCAAAAACGACUGCAGAAGAUAUCGAGAAACUGAAGGAGAUGGUUGAUGGGGAGCAGGAGAUCGAUGAGCUGGAAGAAUUUGGUGACACAACUCCUAGAGUGAUCGAAUUGCAAGCUGCCGAUCGCCGAUACGAUCUUCGAACUCCUAAAGCAAAGACGGUACAAAAACAACGUACCAAUGGCGCCAGAUCAAAAUCAGGUGGCUCUAAAAUUCCUCGCAGGAAGUGA